GAACCUAGAAUCAUUUCUAUUGGUCCUUAUCAUCGGCGGAAAAAACAUUUAAAGCCAAUGGAAAUGCACAAAUCGCGUUUUUUAAAUGAUCUUCUUCGACGAUUUAACGACAGUAAUGCUAAAGGAUUAAUUGUGGGGGUCAUGACAGAUAUGUUGAAAGACGCUCGUAACUGUUAUGAGAAAUCUUUGGUUAUUUCCAAUGAAGAAUUGUUGGAAAUGAUGGUUCUUGAUGGAUGUUUUAUUGCCGAGCUAAUUCACAAAUUUGCUAACGGAAGUUUGUGGAGUGACCCUAUCUUUAAUGUGGAUCAGAUUAUCGGAGCCAUUUUUAAAGAUUUAACACUAGUUGAGAAUCAACUUCCCUUUUCUGUACUAUGGAAGUUAUUUGGCAAGAUUAAGGAAGAUCCAAGCCGAUGCAUUUUUGCUAUUUUAAAGAUGUUUGAAGGAAACAUGCCAGGGCUCCGGGCUUCUGAAGGAAAUAGCUAUAAUGAAAAUUCAAUGAAAGACGUAAAGCAUCUGGUAGACUUAUUACGCACCAAUUGGCUUCCUUCUGAGAAUUUCAUGCGUGAAUACGAGGAAGUGACAGAAGAUGGUGAGUGGUCUUUCAUACGUUCUGCCACUGAACUGAGAGAGGCAGGAAUCAAGUUCAAGAAGGUUAAGGUUGAGGGGGGCAGCUUGUUUGAUAUAAAGUUUGCAAAUGGGAAACUUUACAUUCCAGUUGUGACAAUUGAUGACGAUGCUGAGAGAUUGCUUCGUAAUAUCAUUGCCUGCGAACAGUUUGACUACAGUGGAUCUCCACAGUACUUAACUGAAUAUAGAAAAGUCAUGGAUUGUCUCAUCAACACAGGGAAGGAUGUGGAGUUACUUUGUCGCAAACGGAUAAUUGAUAACUGGUUGGGCACUGACGAAGCAGUUGCCGAACUGUUCAAUACGCUCGGAAAAGUCAUGCUCUCCAGAAGGAACUUCUUUUAUGCCAAGUUAUUUAAUGAUGUCAACAGCCAUUACUACAAACCUUGGCACAAAAGAAUGGCAAGCUUAAGGCACAAUUAUUUCAACACACCAUGGGCGUUGAUCUCCUUUAUUGCUGCAGCUUUCUUGCUUCUGCUUACCCUGCUGCAAACAACAUUCACAAUUUUCCCCCGGUCUUGAAAGUUCCAGAAACCUUUAGUAUGGAGGGAACGGCGUGGAUCAGCAGAUAGGACCAAGAUGUGUGAAAAGUUAAAAGUGUAAGAGUACAUGCAUAUACUGGUUUGAAAUGUUUUCAUGUGGAUCCUUUUGUUUGUGUAAUUUUCAUUUUGCAUCUUGCUCCCCGUGUUUUGUUACUUGUUUGUUUGGGUUUCUUUUAGGCUUCUAAAUUGUCAAGUUGGUCUCAUUGGAAUUUUGUUAUAUUGUUAAAUUUGUUGUCCUUGCUAAGAAAUUAAUAUAAAAAAAAAUUAGCA